AGAACAGGAAAAAUCCAUCAAACGAAGUUGCAAAAUAGGAAACGCGAACGAACGAGCGAGUGAUCGAAGCACGGCACGAUCCAAAGUGACGAAGCAAGCCAUACGAGGGAAGGCGAACAGCCGCUUUUUGCCGCUUUUUGCCGCUUUUUGCCGCUUUUUGUCGCUUUUUGUCGCUUUUGGUCCCUUUUCAUCUGCCUCCACCCGCCUCAUUCCUUGCCAACCACCCCUGUUCACCUCGGCUUACGCGAAACGAAGAGAGCUAGCGGACACAGCAGAACGAAGUAACUGAUCCCAUUUAGAGACCAACCCCUUCCAUAUAUUAACUCAACCGUUUGAGCAAAAUGAACACUUCACCUGUUAUCGUGGGUGGCAUGAGAACACCCGCCAGACGGAGACAGAGCACAGGAUCAGCAUCGAACAGUGCCAGGCCGAGAGGAAGUAACAGUGGAAAUACGAACAGCAUCGUUAAAUUCUAUGGAGAUGACUCACCAGGAUUUAAAUUAACCCCCCAAACGGUCCUUAUCUCUACACUGAUCUUCAUGGCGACCGUAGUGAUACUGCACAUUAUUAGCAAAAUUUAA